AUGAGUGGACUUAGAAGUCAAACCUUGUCCUUUCACGGCUCGUCGCCACAAUUUACGAUUCGCUCAAGUCGUACAUCAACAACGGUUCGAACACACGAAUCGCCUUUUACAACCUUCACCAAUCCUUCGCGCUCCACGCUUACAAUACCGUAUUCAACAAAUUCAGCGAGUGGGUCUCCCUUAGUCUCUCCGCAAGGUUUCGUAUACAAGUGGCGCCUUGUACAAUCGAGAUUCGUCACCACCACCCACCCUUCCAACAACGCUUGGUACUUCCUCUUCUAG